UGAACGGAGGAACUCACUGACGAAUGGUUUCUCUGUCAAUAACGAUAGACCGUCAGCAUGGCUCCGAUCCAGGGCCUGUCAGAAAUUGUCAGCUGUCUGGACGGUGCGGUGAGGGUGGAAUUCCCAGGGUUAAAGGACGAUGGUUUCCCCAAUACGAAGUGCACUCACUCAGGGGACUGCAGGGAUAGAACGAUGAACAAUGACUUACGUAAUACGAGGACGGUUUUGGCUGGAGCUUGCAAUCGCCUUAGUACUGUGCGUUCUGCUGGGACAGCCGAUCACGGAUGAUCAGAUUUAUGAUAUCGAUCUGAUGAUCGAAGAGACAAUGAAAUGCCGCCGGAUCCCCGCCCUUAGUAUGGCUCUGAUGGCUGGGGACGACAUCCUAACCCGAGGGUACGGCCUGGCGGACGUGGAGACGGGCAGGGAAGCGGAUGAGAAUACGGUGUUCUGUACAGGGUCUGUUGGUAAGGCCUUCACCUCGACUCUAAUGGCCAUGAUCAUUGACCAACACGGAAAUUUAUCUUGGGAUACCAAAGUACAAGAACUAAUCCCAAGUUUUCAACUGCAAGAUCCGCUGAGAUCAGCGGAGACCACAUUACGGGAUCUCUUGGCUCACCGGACAGGUCUACAAAGCGGAGACUUGGCAUUCCAGUCUGGAGGAGGCGUCACAAAGGACAACUUACUCAACGGACUGAGACAUCUGAAAGAGGAAACGCCGUUCCGCGGGAAGUUCGUCUACAACAACAUGAUGUAUGCCCUACUCGGGUACAUAGCCGAGCUACUCGAGGGGAAGCCAUUCGAAACCUUGCUGUCAGAAAAAAUAUUUCAGCCCCUAAAUAUGUCGUCAGCCGUUUUUGUGCAAAAUCUGGAAAGAUACCAAGAAAACUUAGCCCGACCAUACACGCUCAUGGGUGGUCACUUUGAAGAAGUGGAUCUUGAAACAGUGAAAGUUGUCGGUGAUUUCCCGUCGACAGGAGGCGUGUGUGUCAGCGCCAACGACAUGGGCCAGUGGCUGCGCUUCCUGUUGAGUGGUGGCCGUGACAUGCGCGGAAAUUACCUCGUCAAGGAGAGGCUGCUGAGGGAUACGAUGGCUGAACAUAUGGUUCUCUAUGGGGGCAUGUUUUCCAGGAAACUUCGGCCCAGAUUUCCGGUGUCGGAAAUAAACAUUGCUUAUGGCAUGGGGUGGAUACCGUCAAACUAUAGAGGGUUUUCCCGUGUCCACCAUAGUGGCUCGCUUUGGAGCUAUACCAGUCAUGCCUGGUUAUUCCCCAACGAGAAGAUAGGAGGGUUCUUAGCUCUGAACGGGCCCGUGGGGUCGGGAGCAAGUCGGGCCAGAGAGACCAUGAUGGCGUACAUAUCAGAUAUUUUACUGGGCGAAGAACCCUGGCUUAACGGUACAACGGGAUGUGAAUAUCCGAAACCUUGGGAGGUCUAUCCGGAGCUGCGGUACAACAUCUCCAACAUUGUCUACAUCGGGCCGCCAAAGCGCCCUCUCGUGUCGUACACAGGCAGUUUUCACCAUCCACUUUACGGCAAGGCCGUUGUUGAGCUGUCCAAUUCCAGCUCGAGUCAAUUGCGGAUUUUAAUCGGUAAAGUUUACAGCGCACAGCUCUACAUGCUAGACGCUAUCGAUCAGUUUUUGUUGGCGUUCGAUGGGAUGUACAAAUUUCUGACGUACUCGGACGACAAACAGCGCAUAGGCUCUGUCGUGUUCAAUAUGACCCAAGCUUUUGGCGAUGACCAGUAUGUGGCCAAUUCUUUUGUCCUUGGCUUCUUGAGUGGGGAUCAGUAUGAUUUUCACAGGGACCUUAGCUAUUAUAAUCUACCCUCCGUAGAGGUGAACUCAUCACAGAGGAAAAGUCAGCAUUUUCUACUGCUUCUGACUACCUUUGUCGUUUUGAUAAAUGAUUUAUGGUAAAACUCUGUAUUAUAUGAUUUCUGCCAUGUAUGUGUUAAUAGACUGUAAUAUACCGGUAUAUAUGUA